AUGGGAUUGUUUGGACGCAAGAAAAAGCCAAAGACAAGCUUGGAUUGGUUUCGCUACUAUGCACGUGAAAGCUACAGAAGUGCUGAAGGAGCCUUGACAUCGGCAUGUGGGAAAUCGGUUUCCCUUGCCAUCAAAUCCACCCAGGCUGCCAAAAAGUCUGUUGGAAGCAUAGCAUCUAUGACUGUAGCUUCUGGAAAGGCAGCCCAUCGCUCGGCUUCCUCAGCAAUGGACGCUGCUGGAAUCACUGGAUUCCACAUUUUCGCAGUCAUUUUGUGUGUACUACUUAUUGUUGCUGUCAAGAGGAAGCUUGAAGCUCGAAGGAAAGCGAGACACCUAGAAACAUAUGGUGAAGUUGAAUUCCCUCCAAUCGCUCCUUUUUCUACUAGGAAGACUGGAAGAGAACUUGCUGGAUCGAAACUGCCACUUUUCUUCCAAGAAUGUGCAUCUCGUGUUGGAUCCAUAUUCCAACUCAGAGUGCCCUUUUGGGGAGGACCGAUGGUAGUAGCAGUUGGAGAAAUAGAUCUCGCUAAAGAAAUUUUGAAGGACGCAACAACGAAAAAGGCUGAGAAAAUGUAUUCUUCAUGGGCGUCCCUUGUUCAUGGCCGACCUAACAUCCUGACGUCUGAAGGUAAACCUUGGAAGCACUCAAGAAAGGGUAUUUCCCCUGCAUUUGCAACUGCCCAUCUUGAUCGCAUGCAUAAGGCAUGUAGGGAUAAGACCGAGGAGUGGAUCAAGAAAAGACUAGAUCCAAUGAUUCGAGACAAUGAAGACAUCGAUAUUGCCCACGAGUUUCUCUUCUUGACAACAUCCAUUAUCUGCAAGUCGGCCUUUGAAUACAGGAUCAAAUCAAGAGAAGCUGAACAAGUUAUCUCGGAUUUGGAAGUGGCAACUACAGAGUUCAUGCACAACCAAGCAAAAGAUCCUAUGAGAGCGUCAUUGCUGGGGUCGUUUAUCCCGUCAGUGCGACGGGCAAAGCAGGCAAGACGAAAACUAUUCCAAUUCGCUACGAAAAUGCUACUUCAUUACCGAAAGAAACCUGACGAAAUGAGAAGCCAAGCCAAAACGAUCAUUGGUUGCAUUGAAAACAGCAGCAGAUAUGCAUCAGACGCUGAUCGAGUGGCAGAUUUGGUCAUGAUUCUAUUUGCAGGUCAUGGAACAACAGCUCAUACCCUUUCCUGGAUAUUCUUGGAGUUGGCUCGCAACCCAAAGGAAGCAAGAAGACUUCGAGAAGCCCUUUCUGGCAAGGAUGACACGCGGGCGCAGCAACUAUUGAAAGAUGUCUUGCGCGAAGGAAUGCGCUUGCGACCAGUUUAUGCAACAGUUGCUGUUCGUACUCUAGGAAGAGAUUGGAAUUUAAAGCACAAAAAUAUGGUACUUCCGAAGGGUACAUGCGUUAUAUUUCCAUCGUCAUUAUUGACACGCGAUGGCGUAGAAGAUGCCGAAGAUUUUGAACCAAUGAGAUGGAAGGCACAUCCAGACAAGACGUUUCUCUCGUUUUCUUCAGGGGCUCAUAACUGUGCUGGCAAGGGUUUGGCACUUGCUGAAAUUACAUGGGUGCUGUCGCGAUUGUGUGCAAGAUAUCAAUUUGAGGUUGCGGAAGAAGGAACUCCCGAGUACUGCGUUUUCUGGAAAUGCAAGGGCGCCCGUCUUCGAUGCCACAAGGCGUAG